ACCCAUUUUCACCCCUCUACAGUGGUGACUGAGUGUUCUUCUGCACCCGUACCAAAAACCCCCAAAAAACCCAAGCCAAAGAGGAAAAUGAUGCUGCGAUCGAUUCUUCGAGCAGCCACCGCCGCACCGUCACCACUCAAAGAGUCUCAAUGGCAGCUUUCCUUUUGCCGGAGCAUGGCUUCGAAAUCAAAAUCGAAAUCGAAAUCAAAAUCAUCUAAGAAAGGGAAGCCCACCAAAGAGAAGAACCAACCGAAGGUCGAUCCCAAGGCGAAGAAGGAAAAGGUUCCCGAAGAGAUUCAGACCGUGAGCCCCAAUGUUUCCGCCGCUGAGGAGGCGGAGAAGCGCCGCCGUCUGCUGGCGGAGGACGAUAAGAACCCCGCUCUCGACGUUGGCCCCAAUGGCCGCCCUCUCUUCACCUCCAUUCCUUCUCUCUCUAUGCUGACAAAGGAAGAUACCAACGCUUACUUCAAAUUCAGUAUGAAGGAGUUGAAAGAGGUUUUGCCAGAGGGCUUACCAAUGGGAAUGAUGAAAGAAUUUGAGGAAUCAAGCAGGAGUGCUUUGCUGAUGAGACAGUGUUUUGUUGAUCUUCGUGAUAAUUUCAGGCGGGCUGCUGAUCCUUCAUUAGCGGUCAAGCCUAGAGCUCCCAAAGUUAGAAAGCAAAUUGUAUUAGAUGGCCCCUUGAGUUGCGGCAAGAGUAUUGCACUUGCAAUGCUUGUUCAUUGGGCACGCAAGGAAGGUUGGCUUGUGCUUUAUGUUCCCAAAGGUCGAGAAUGGACACACGGUGGAUUAUUCUAUAAAAAUCCUCAGACUGGUCUGUGGGAUACCCCUGUGCAGGCGGCAAACAUUCUGCGUGAUUUUUUGAAGUACAACAAGUCUAUCUUGCAAUGUUUAAAAUGCAAUGUACAUGAUCCUAUUCCAUUGGGGGAGGGGGCUGGUGUUGGGCCGCCGAAAGGUAGUGAUAAAAUGCAAAUUUCAGCUGAUUCAACUCUUUGUGAGCUUGUUGAGGCUGGAAUCAGUAAUACGCAUGCUGCUGUUGGAGUAGUAGUUCGGUUGAGGGAGGAAUUAUCCAAAGUGACGAGUAUCCCUGUCCUUAUUGCAAUUGAUCAAUAUAACAGUUGGUUCACAUUUACCGAAUUUGAGGAGCCAGUAACAGUUCGUUCUUGCGUACCCAUUCAUGCUAAAGACGUUGCUAUUGUUAAAGCGUUUAGGCCAAUGACGAACGACGAUAUGAUGGUGGGUGCUUUCUCCCAUUCAACUGCAGUAGGGAAAUUGCGUCAAGAAUUGCCAGAUGUUCCUACUGAUGCUCGAAUCCAUUUCCCACGAUACACUUUGGACGAAGCUGCCACUGUCUGCCACUACUAUCUCAGGCAAAGGCUAGUGAAACGUGAUGCUUUUACGGAGGAUAACUGGAAGAAGAUUUUCUACUUGUCCAAUGGAAAUGGAACAGAGCUGCGAUACUUAGUUCCUUUCAUGCGGUGACUCACAAGUGGAUCGAUGCUCAAACACUACUUGUUAAAUUAGCACGAAAACGGAGCUUUAUGAUUAAGCAAACCAUUGAAAAUCUCAAUUUCUUUCUAUCUAGCAAUCGAAGGAGACGAAAAAAGGUUGAAGAGUUACACAGUCGGGACUUCGUUCAAUUAGGGAACAUUUUUUGGUCCAAUUUAUUUAUGUUGAACUAUUUUUGUUACGGGGCUUUUUAUGGUAUCGAUUUGUUUAGUUUUUGUAUUUCCGAAAUUUGUUCGUUUAUAACUCGGCAGCUCGUUAUUCUAGUUCUUGCAUGUGAGCAGAAAUCGCGUAAAUUUUGAGUUUCGAGCACCUUGCUUCGAAUGUGUACGGCAUAAUAGCAUCCUUAUCGA